CAACAGUGGCACAAUAGAGGCCAAAAUCAUCAAAUUGCUCACUUUCAAUGACAAAAAGGGGUUCACAAGAUUGUUCUGACAUUUAAAUCUACGUGUGUUAACUCGUACGUUGUGUGCUAGUAGUUAUGGCCAAGGCAAAAGUCAUUGCAAAGAUUCAGAAACAUGUCAGGGCGAUGGAGGUUGCAAAGCAUGUAGACGACGAUUCCUUGUUGGCCAGCUGCUCUGGGGAUGUGCAAUGGUUAGAGAAGUCGGUACGAAAUAUAGCAGGUGAACGAACUUUUGCUGUGACGAAAAAAGACGGUUUCGGGGCGAUACAUCUAGCCGCAAUGAAUGGACAUCUUGAGAUUUUAAAGAUUUUAGUGGAAAAACAACAUGCGCCAGUUGACAUGGAGAGUGAAUGUGGUUGGAGGGCCGUUCAUCUUUCUAUCAACAAGAAGACCAAAUCCAAAGCAUUUAAAUGUUUAACGUAUCUGCUAGAACAUGGAGCAGAUCCGUCAAAGCCAAACCGCAAUGGUUUUACUCCCAUUCAUCAAGCUGCUUACAUCGGUCAUGUUAACUGCCUUAAAGCUCUUAUUAGUGCUGGUGCAGUAAUCAACACACAAGAUGCAGACGACCUAUUACCAGUCGACUACGCUCGCAUAUGUGGGCACAGAAUGUGUGUCAGGAUCCUCAAUGAUCGUCAGUGGCAUAUUGACAAAGAUCUUGAGCUAUGCUGUAGGAUAAAAGCGAGAGAAGAAGAUCGUCAAUUGCAAAUGGAGAUUGAAAACAUAAACAUUGAAGAGAAAAUGAAAAACAUUGAGCGAUGCAAGUCAGUAUUUGAAGAGUGGCUAGGCGGCAAGGGCUUAUCAAACACUUUAAAACAAUAUGAACCGUUUUCUGUAAAAGUCAGAGAUCAAAAUAUAGCAACCACUAGACUCAACAAACGGCAAUCUCCAAAAUUACCUAAAGCAUUUCCUACUGCUAGUGUUGUAAUCAACACACCAGCAGAGCCUGAAGCGAAAUCUGCAUGUCACUACAUAGAUGAAUUUGAAGAAGAGAAGAAACUACAUCUUAUACCACUAGGUAUUUCAUCACCAAAACGAAAGCAAAGGGUACAAAAUAAUGUCAAGGGUACAAUGUGAACAUCAUAGAUUGUGUUACCUUGACUUUUGUCAGUCUCAUAGUUGCUCUAUGUUGUAUUUGUCUUAUCAAGGACUUGCAACAUCAAUACCAUGAAGGUUGUCACAGUAAUAUGGCAACUGCUUCAAAGGGCAUUUCACAUUCCAAAACUGAGGAUCUUAUACCAAAUGCCAAGCCCUCAGAUUAAAUGCCUCAAAUAAAGUUUCAAUGCAGUGGCCAGCAAGAUGUAUGCAAAAUAUUAAAAACAAUAUGUAACUAAAAGAAUUGUCCAUUAUAUUUGUUUACUAAGUCUAGUGCCAUCCAUUGUUGUGUAAUCAUAACUAAAAGCAUCUCUUGUUGCUUUUUUUGCUUAUCUCUAUUUUCAUCUAAACCAAAACAUCUAAAACUGCCAGCUGGCACAGCUCUUACUAACUCUUUUUUUAUAGUUUUCUUGAAAAAAGUUCUUUUUUACACCACCCUAAUAAGUCCUACUGAUUUACAUUAAAAAAAGGAGGAAGACAAGUUCAAA